AUGUGGCGGAAUGCUGGAGAGUUGUUGACUCGCGACAUGAUUGCUGGAUGGGCGUCAACGUACGGUCACCCCCUUCCUCGUCGUUCCCAUGAUCAGUCCCGCCCAGAAAUAUCCGUGGCAAGGUCGCCCACCCCGGAUCAGAACACAGCGGAACCUCGAAGGCGCUCUUCCAGUGAUGCGACUCCACGCCAGACUCCCGCACCUUCUCCCCGCCUCUUCCCAUCAUCUCCAGCGAGCACCGUGCACGAUCCAAACGUAAAUAUCCUGUCAAACCCGUUGACGGACGCUGUCCCUUCGACGUCGGCGGCGCCCUCUUCCAGGCGUCUCGGCUACCUUGCAGAGAAGAUCUCAUCCUCCUUGUCCUCAGGGCACUCUACAAUCCAGAAAUCGGCGUCCAGUCAUAGCCAGCUGUUACACCCGCAUAGCGGCCACACAAAGGCUGAUUCAGUCUUGUCUGCCAGAGAUCAGGCAGGUUCCCCGUCUCCAAUGGCUUCUUCCACGCAUCUAGCCUCGUCAGGCAAGUCUCAUACGUCCCCUUCAAAGGCUUUGUAUGGUCGCACCUAUGAUUCGAAGGUCGUUUCGAAGGAGAUGCAUCGUCUCGGCAAUCUCUCCCACGUACCUAGCUUGCCUUCGUCUCUAUCACCGACUCCAUCGUCUUCAUCCACUCUUGCUUCUACUCCAGGCAGUAUACCGUCCGCAUCCCUCAGCUCCUCCACCUCUACCGAUCCUUGGGCAACGCUGCAUGUCCACGUACUGCCGUUGUUCAAUGGAGAGGCCUUGCGGAUCCCAAUUGAAGAUCUCAACGUGCUUGUGAGGCAGCACAUUGAGAAAGUCAUCCCCUUAGCCCCCUCUAAAACCCUCUCGACACUGGAAAAUCAUACGGCGGAGCUGAUAUCCUCUGGCAUGGUGACUCUCAACGCAAAACUAUCUGGCAUAGACGACGAAAAGCUCGUUAGCCGUGUCGUGGAGAUAUGGAAUUUCUUCUGGGACCAAGUCCUCCCCUACGUCGAAGGGGUUCUCCUUCCCUUGCAGACGGAUGCCUUGCUCUCAUCCCUUUACAGAGCUCCCAAAGCACAUCGUUCGUCUUCACCCGGUCGACAGCCUUCCAAAGGCUCCAUCUCUACAUCGUCAAAUGUCUCCAUGCACUCAUCUAGUCAUAUAGACGUGCGAGCUGUUGCCUUGCGUUCGUUUCGGGAUCGGGUCAUUCUACCCAUUUUCGAGCGUUUAUACAAACGGCUUUCCAACAAGCAAGAUUUACAAGAGACAUCUGCCCACCAUCAACCACGGUUGCAGCAAAUGUUGCUCGUCCUUGCUUCUCAAGGACGCAAGCCGCCCUCCGCCUUUGUAUUAUCGGCUCCUCCUCCCCAGCCCACUCCAGGGGAGUCCGCCGUCAUGGAUUUGUUACGACUUGUUCGAUCGCCAGGCUCGCUAGCUGAUCGAUUACGGUCGCCCAACUCACGGAACUUACAUGGCGGCAUCGCCAAUCCAGCGACCUUCCUCUCCGGCGCCAUCCCUCGAGAUAGAAGAGGUCGCAUCGCCCAGAAGAAGAAGAAAGGCAAGGCAGGGACAAUAAUGGCCGGCAGCGGAGGGGAAGACGAUAAUCUCCUGGACGAUGGCGUCGAAACCCCUAGAAAUGGGUUUGGCGGGUUCACUUCCGAUCCACGGGAGCAAGAACUGCUAGAGGCCUUGAGGAGUCCCGACCCCGAUGGGCCGUCAACUCGUGUUAGUAUCGGUGGAUGGGGUCUUGGAGCUGGUAACGAGGACAGCGGAAAACAGGCAGAGGAAGAAGAGGACGAGCCCUUGGACUGGGAUAAGACACAGGCUGAGGUUGAGCUUCUGGUGGGCAUGAAGCCCAACGAUCCCACAGAAGAUGGUCAUCGAAGGGGUGCAAGUUAA